UAGCGGCUGCGACCGCGGCGUUCGGCGGGCUGAGCCGCAUCUUGCUCUUCCUCUCUCAGCUCUACAUCUUAACGGGUGGUGGUAAUAGAGAACCACUGCAGUUGAUUCAUGGUCGGACCCCUGCUUUAAGAAUAUGAAUUGGACAACCACGGAGGAUAGACUGAAGUAGGGAGAAGCUCGUGACAAGGAGAUCAACCAGCAGGCUACUACAAUAGUCCAGAAAGUACAGAAACUCCAGCUUAUGUGAUGAAGUGUCCAAGCAAUGGUUUGUGUAGCAAGCUUCCAGCAGACUGCAUAGAAUGCAAGACAAAUUACUCCUGUGUGUAUGGAAAGCCUGUCACUUUUGACUGCACAGUCAAACCUCAUGUUACCUGUGUUGAUCAGAACUUCACAAAGCAACAUAAUUUUACAGUCAACAUGACCUGCAGCUUUUGCUGGCAACUUCCAGAAACAGAUUAUGAGUGUUCAAAUGCUACAAAUUGUAUGACUGUCUCCUGUCCCCGACAGCGUUAUAGUGCUAAUUGUACAGUUCAUGAUCAUAUUCAUUGCUUGGGUAAGCGUACCUUUCCCAAAAUGCUGUACUGUAAUUGGACUGGAGGUUACAAAUGGUCUACUGCCCUGGCACUAAGCAUUACCCUUGGUGGAUUUGGAGCAGAUCGAUUCUACCUGGGUCAGUGGCGAGAAGGUCUAGGCAAGCUGUUCAGCUUUGGUGGCCUGGGAAUAUGGACUCUGAUAGAUGUUCUACUAAUUGGAGUUGGCUAUGUUGGACCAGCUGAUGGUUCCUUAUACAUUUAAAAAUGGUUAAUGUGCUUCAGAAAGGGAGCAACAUUAGAAAAGUCCUUAGGAAUGUAUGUCAGUUUUAAUUGUAUCAAGUUUUUGCCAUUUAUAUGUUUUAAUGUACAGUAUCUGUACUUUGCCUGCCUUAAUUAAGGUUAAAUAAAUGAAUGUCAUUGAACCAUGUUUAUUUGGAAUUUGUUUUCCUUUAUCUGUAACAUUCUUUUUUUCUAUGAAAAGUGUUUAAAGUUGCACAGUUAAACUAGAGGAACAAAUUCUGCGGUGUGAACAGCCAUUCACUCUUUUGACUUUAGUUUUGUGUUCUCUAUAACUUAUUCAUAAAACUUGUCAUUCAGAAAUAUAAUAUUAAUGUAAUUUGUUUUGCAAAAAGUAUCAAAAUGUUUUAUUUUUUAGGUUAACCAAAUAAAAUAAUAUGCCUAAACUCCAGCUGUCUAUAUAAAUUUUGCUGUUAAUAUAUCUGUUUAUGAUGCCUGGUAUAUAGUAAACACUAAAUAAAUGUUUGUUGACUAAC